CAUGCGACUGCAUCUUUUUUCCGAGACCUCCAUGUGUCUUGCGAAGAGCAUGUUGAGAUUCGCUGAGCCUUGAUCGACCCACGCCUCACACGAGCAAGUCCGUACUGCCCGGUCGCGAGUGUCCACGAGCACGCCAUCAUGCAAGAAAGGCUGCCAAGGUAGAUGUAACCACAACCAGCACUCUAUCACGAGUCCGCGAGAAUCAACCGGCGAACGGUUUCCACACAAUCGACGAGCUAUGCUUCGCCUAUGCCUGCGCGUGUGGAGCCUGCCACUGAAGAGACCGAUUCUAUCGACAACGUUGUGUAGUCUUGCAUGACGUGCUUUGCACCAUGGCAUAUAGACGUCUGAGUUCUUCCAGCAGCAGGUAAGCUGCCCUUCUGCUGGCGUUCAACAGAAAUUCUGCCGCAAUGCACGCCGAACGGACAUUGGACCAGGACAAGUCCAAAAGUACAUUCGCUGUUUCUGACAUACCUCCAAGUUCGGACGACUACCAUGGUCAAGACGAUGAGCCGCUGGAUAUCACGAGACCAUUUCCAGACCUUCCAAAUCAACCCAAUGAGCCGGCACAGUUUACAGUGCGAGCAUUGCUCGUGGGCUGCGUCCUUGGCGCUGUAGUGUCUGCUAGCAAUAUGUACCUAUGUCUGAAGACAGGCUGGACUUUUGGGGCGUCCCUGUUUGGUGCCAUACUUGGAUUCGCCAUUCUCAAACCAGCGAGUAGCUUCUUGCCAAAGUGCUUUGGAGGAGGCUACUUUGGACCGCGUGAGAAUGUUGCAGUGCAGAGCAUAGCGACUGGAGCUGGGAGUCUGUCGAUUCUGUUCGAAGGAGCUAUACCUGCUCUGCAUCGCCUCAAUCUCAUGUCGCCCACACCACGAGAAGACUUCUGGCGUCUGACAACAUUUACUGCCACAUGCGCUUUUUAUGGCUGCUUUUUCGGCGUAGCGCUUCGAAAGUUCUACAUAAUUCGCUUGCGCGGAAUAUUCCCAACGCCGACGGCCACAGCUGUUACGAUUCGGAGCUUGCACGAAGUAGGUCUGGAUGGAGAUGCAAUGCGUAAAGCAUGGGUUCUGGUCAGCACUUUCGUGGCAUCCUGCCUGUUCAAAGUGACGAGCAUCUACGCCCCUGGCAUCAUCUGGGACUGGAACAUCGCUUGGUGGAUUUACAAGACCACACCUUGGAAGAGCAUCAUAGCUGCCAGCAAUUGGGGCUGGUACAUCGAGUUGACGCCAGCUUUCUUCGGAGUUGGCAUGCUCACAGGUAUCAAUGUCGGCAUAAGUUACCUCGUCGGUGCCAUCUUUGCUUGGGGCAUUAUCGGACCCGCAACGCUUCGGACAGGCUUGACCUUUGGUAAAGCUUCGGCAAGCAAUCCAGAUAUCAUCAACUACAAGUCGCUAGAUCUGGACGAUCCUGUCAACGCACCUUCGGCCCGUUAUUUCUUGCUCUGGCCUGGCUUAAUGAUCUUGAUGUGCGCUACUUUCACUGAAGUCGGCAUGAAUUCUCCAGCACUCUACAAAGGUCUCAAGCUGAUAAUAGCGGAAUAUGCUUCGAAGCUGCCAAAUACACAGCGCUGGACUGCUACCAAGGACAAGGCGAGCACGUUCCUGCUGCAGGAGGAUCACGACGACGAUGACCCAGCUCCACCCCGCGAGAGAGUUCCGGUAUGGAUGUGGUCCACUGGCACGUUUCUUGUGAUCAUCUUCACGUGCAUCGUGCUUGGAGUACAAUAUGACAUGAGCGUCGGACUGGCGGUAUUGUCCGUCGUUCUCGGUUUCUUGUUCUCCUGCAUCGCCACUCAGUCUGCCGCUACAGCAGAUAUUGCCCCAGCAUCAUACUGCGGAAAAGCUUCUCAGCUGGUUUUUGGUGGAGUGACCUCGUCCGGACAAUACUCCCUCCAUGAUAAACAGCUCAUCAAUCUUGCUGGAGGCAUCGUAGCCACUGGUGCAGCAUCACAGAGCACCGACAUGGUCUCCGAUUUGCGCACUGGCUACCUCCUGGGUGCUUCUCACCGAGCACAGUUCUACUGCCAACUUUGUGGUAGCUUCGUGGCAGUCUGGCUGAGUGUGGGCCUCUUUCUUCUGUUCACAACGGCAUAUCCGUGCAUUCUAGACGCAGCAAUUGAGGAGUGCUCGUUCAGCGUGCCUGCCUUGGGCGCUUGGGUCGCCGUGGCCGAAGCCAUUACACUCUCCUCCCUUCCUAUACCACCAGUGAGUGGUUAUCUCGCAAUCGCAUUCGGCGUCCUCUCCAUCUUCAUCGUCUACGCUCGAUACAAGCUGAUUCCGGCUCGACAUCACAAAUUUAUCCCGAACUUAUCAGUCUUCGGUCUUGCCUUUAUGGUACCAACCACACAGUAUGCCAUUGCAAUGGCUGCCGGAGCUCUGGUAGCAUACGUUUGGUCAGCCAGACGGCGAAAAUCCUAUGCAAGAAACGGAUAUGCGGUCCCAGCAGGCUUGAUCGCAGGUGAAGGCAUUGGCGGGCUGAUCGCGGCUCUGUUGGAGAUUACGAAAGUCGGUGGCUCUGAUUUCGGCAGCGCAAUUGGGUGUGUUGGGGAUAGCUAUUGUGGUUAGAGCACGGUGGUCAAUGAACUGUACUCACUCGAAGUACGGGAUACCAAAUAUUCCUACUGCACACACUGAUAAUGCACA